AUGAUCGAUUGGGAUCGUUGGUUGGUGAAGUGGCAUGUUGAGUUUAUGGGGAGGCAAUGGAACUUUGUGGACUUAGCCACCUUGGCUGGCCUCGUCUAUUUGCAUUACCUUGCUGUUCUAGCGCCGUUUUAUUUCACCUGGCCGGCGUUUCGGUCGGCCGUGGCACUUUAUUAUAUCUCCGGCGUUGGUGUGACUCUAUCUUUCCACCGGAACCUCUCACACAAGAGUUUCAAGCUUCCAAAAUGGCUUGAAUACUUCUUUGCCUAUUGUGGGGUUCUCUCUUUUCAGAGAAGUCCACUUGAAUGGGUGAGCAUACAUAGAGCCCACCACCAGUAUACUGACACGUGGAAUGAUCCCCACAGUCCAAUAAGGGGACUAUGGUUCAGUCACGUUGGUUGGGCCCUUGAUUAUCGUACUCGCUUUGGAAGUUAUGAAGCAAGAUUAAAGAACGUUGCCGAUUUAAAAAGCCAAGCAUACUAUAGAUUUCUUCAUUAUACGUACCCUCUUCACUCAGUUGCUCUUGGAAUUUUAUUGUACGCCAAAGGAGGCAUGCCCUUUUUGGUUUGGGGAAUGGGUGUGAGGACAGUACUUUUUCUCCAUGCUAUUUUCGGAAUAAAUUCGAUUUGCCACACCUGGGGACAACAAGUAUGGGAUACUGGUGAUUUGUCGAAAAACAACUGGUUAAUUGGAUUGAUGGCACACGGAGAGGGUUGGCACAAUAACCACCAUGCUUUUGAGUACUCAGCUCAACACGGAUUUGAAUGGUGGCAAAUUGAUAUUACUUGGUAUCUGAUCAGAUUUCUUCAAGCAGUUGGUUUGGCAACGGAUGUCAAACUUCCAACUGAGACUCAGAAAAAACGAAGAGCUUUAUGCAAUAAGAUCAAUGAGGAGAGCUUGAAGCAAAAGUAGAAAAAAGUACGCAAAAAGAAAAGGUUGGGGCUCUGUUUUACUGCUAGCUCAUUGUUAGAGAAUAAAAUGUGAAGGUGUGUAUAUAUAAUGUAUUACAUCUCAAUUUACUACUAGCUCGUUGUUGAAGAAUAUACGUCCCACAUCCGAAAUUUACAAAGUAAAAAAACAAUAUAUAAUCAAAUAAUAUUUACACUAAA